CUGAGCCAUUCCUAGGCAUAGGUGUCAGUUUGAAACACUCCGACCCAACACACUAUAAAGUGGACACAAAUUCAGUUUACUUUCCCUUUAAAUAUCGUUUAAUAUAAAAGCGAUUUCCACCGAAAGGAAAGUGUUAUUCUGUACUCAAUUGACAGUCAAUAAACACUCCGAGACUCAGCUUUUAUAUAUUACUUUUAGUUUCACUUCAAGCCAACAAUUUUUAGAUUUUCACCUUAAUUUGUACCAAAAAGUCAUAUUUUGUUGCAAAAUAAGUUUUGUAUGAUAUAUUUUUGUGUUCAAAUCAUACAUAUAUUCAUUUGCUUUUAGGAUUUUAACGAUUAGAUAGAAGAAAGGCCAUACUAUGCAUUCCUCGCCAAAACUGUUCAUUUUUAUCAUUCAAAUGAUGGCAUUAAUUGCCAUACAAUUAGAAUUGGUUUUGGGAACUGCUUCUUCAUUAGAUUCAUCCGACAAAACAGAAAUAUCUCCCCUAAAGGCCACUGAUAUUAAUAAUUACGAGAAAUUAACUAAAGAAGCGUUAGAUUCAGAUUUGAUGGACUCAUACGACGAGGAGAAAAGAGCACAAAAGUGGAAUAAUCUGCAGGGCGGUUGGGGUAAGAGAGCCAACAACUGGAACAAUAAAUUAUCGGCCGCUUGGGGCAAGAGGCCGGCCGGUGGGUCGGCCGCCGGUUGGAACAACUUGUCCGGUAUGUGGGGAAAGAGGGCGUGGAAUGAAUUGAACGGAAUGUGGGGUAAACGGGGCUGGAAUGACAUGUCUGGCGGAUGGGGUAAGGCUUUUGGCAUUUCAUUCAUUUACCGCAAACGUAACUCACCCCACUGGAAUAAGUUAAGAGGAAUGUGGGGAAAGCGAAGUGAUAGCGACUCCGAAGCCAUCGAUUCAUUUGUCGCCAAAUAAAUGGUUCAGAGGUUUGAGCGAAGAGGGGAUCGUUUAAUACGCGAAACAUUUCUUAACUUAAAUCAUAUUGUAUUGUAAAAUGAGUUAAUUUUUAUUAUCAAAAAACAAACUUUCAGUUAAUUAUUUAAUUAUUUAAUUAUUUCAAUCAUACGUUACUAUUCAUUACGUUUUAAAGAAUCGCUUUUUCGUUGUAAACUAUGUUUGAAACUAAAGUUUUUCAAAAUGUAUGUAAAUGUAUUUCAAAAUGCCGUUUGUUAGAUGCUAUCACUACUAAUAUUAUAUAUUAUUACUGUUAUAAUGUCAUCAAAUCUUAUUAAAUCUAUUUCAAAUAUAAGGCAUUGGCAAAAGUCCGCCGGUUUUUGCAAUAACAUAUUUAUUGGUCAACACUUAAUGCUCGGAAAGUUAUUAAUUU